AAAUAAAUAGGGUCAAGGUUUCGAAAUAAUUUCUACAGAUGAAAGACCUAUAGGUGCCCGAUAGAAGAUUGAUGAUCUGGUCAUUUGUUAUUUGGUGAAGAGUCAAGAAUAAUGCCCACACUAUCUAAAAACAAUGAUCGGCAGCUAGAAACAGAAGCACAGAACUUUUAAUCAUUAACACUGUAUGCACAGCCUUGGGGACAUGGUUUGGGAAACAGUGGCAUGGUUCGUACAGGGGAACACGCUGAUGAAUCAAUCAGCUCUGGGACUUCAGAGCCACAAGGCAAUGAUAAAGGGAGUGUUAAAGAAACUGAAAUCAAUGCCCCAUAUUCUGGAUCAAAUGGAAGUAGUUGUCAGGAGCAGCAGCAGAAGCUUGAUAUCAAUUCCCAGAUGGAACUCAUUGGUCAUUCAAUCAUAAGAUUCUCUCUCUCUCUUUUAAGUGGAUAUCUCAUCUCUGUUUUCUUUUUGAUUCAUAAAAUAAAUAUUGUUUAUCGAUUUGCCAUUCUACUCAUAUACAUGACGCCCUAAAAAACAAUAUUUAAUAUUUAAAAUUUAUUCAGCUCUUUCUUCUCUAAUUGUAUGUAUUGCUCCUUUGAGUGCAAAUCACAUUAUUAACUCUCAUUCUCACACACUCUCUCUCUCCUUCUUUUUUUUUAUUUUUUUAUUUUUGGUUUCUCCUCUCCUGGUGUUAUUUGAUUGUUCUAAUAGAAAAGCUGACAGCAGUGCGAUUCCUCAUUUGACAUCCCUCAUCAUUCAUACUUCAGGCACACCUCUUCUUUGGGGAGGCCUUCUUUUCACUUUUGAAAUUGCUAACACAUUUGAAACAUCAAUUUUAAGACUGGUGAACUACUUCAUGUCGUUCUUUUUAACCAUGUCUAUUUCAUUCUCUGUUUAAAAUAUUGCCAAUGCCUUCUUUUGUCUGAAGCAGUAUACAAUCUCCAUGCAUCUGCUGGUUGUGGCACAACUUCAAAAGAAUUUGCAUUGCUUUAUUUGGCUAAA